UGCAAAGAACAUGUGGAGCUGCUUGCUGAUCACAAUGGUGUAGUGCAGUUUUUGAAAACUAGGAAUACCGACUGGGUACCUACUCUGCGAUUAUUGCACAAAUAUCCAUUUAUGAUGCCACAUCAACAGGUUGAUAAAGGUGCUAUCAAGUUUGUCUUGAAUGGCUCGUCGAUAAUGUGCCCUGGAUUGACAUCUCCAGGAGCGAAGAUGACACCCGGCGUUCCUGCAGAAGCUAUAGUUGCUGUUAUGGCUGAGGGCAAACAACAUGCUUUGGCUAUAGGGCAGAUGAAAAUGAGCUCUGAAGAAAUCCAGUCAGUAAAUAAAGGCAUAGGUAUCGAAAAUGUACAUUACCUUACUGACGGAUUGUGGAGAUUAGCUGAGAAACCGCUCAACUAA